GUCUCCUCAGUCUCUAGCCUAAGUAUUACCUGUAUCGCAAGUAUAAUAGGCAUCUCCUUCAUGUAAAGGAGCUUCUUACCUCGAGCGAAGACCUACGUCGAUAUCUAGUCGAGUGCAUCUUCUCUUCAUACUUUUUUCCCAUCUACCUAUAUUCGUCCUAAUUGCAUCGUCCUCGACCGAAACUCAUAAUGUCUUUCAAGAAACACCCUCGCCAAUAUGACCUAGUGGUGUUCGGCGCAACUGGCUAUACCGGGUCACUGAUUGCGGAACAUAUCACAACCCACUUCCCAACAUAUCUAAAAUGGGCGAUAGCCGGUCGAUCUGCUGACAAGCUGCGGAAUGUAGUUCAAGGAUGCAAAGCCUUGAACUCUGAUCGUCAGCCUCCAGAGAUUGAGAUAUGUGGUCUCAAUGACGCAGAUCUUGCGGCGUUGGCCAAGAAGACUUUUGCGCUCAUCACGACAGUUGGUCCGUAUGCAAAAUACGGAGAGUUUGCCUUCAAGGCUUGCGCAGAAGCUGGCACUCACUAUUUCGAUUGCACCGGCGAGGCUGUUUGGCACGCAUCUAUGAUCAAGAAGUAUGAAGCAUCCGCGAAGGCGACGGGUGCUUGCAUGAUCCCCCAGGCCGCCAUCGAAUCUGUGCCGUCGGAUUUAAUGACCUUCUCGAUGGCAUCACUCAUCCGAUCCGAGCUCUCAGCCCCGGUGGGCGACGUUGUGGUUAAAAUACAUGAGAUACAUGGUGCACCGUCGGGUGGUACUCUCCAUACGCUCCUAGGGCUCUUCGACGUCUUUCACUGGAAAGAAGUGGUUAAAUCUCACAAACCAUAUGCUCUAUCUCCUGUCCCGAACUCAAAACAGGCCCCUAAGCCUUCGUUGCUUUCAAAGCUAACAGGCUUAUAUACCAUCCCCAAGCUUGGACUCAUGUCAACCUCCAUGACUGCCGGGACUAACACAGCAGUUGUGCAGCGUACCUGGGGUCUGUUCAAACAGGAGCCAUCGUUGCAGAAGCAGUUCUAUGGACCGAACUUUACUUACCGGGAAUUUAUAAAAGCGAAGAACCACCUAAGGGGUAUGGCGAUGCACUAUACCCUCAUAGUCGGCGGCGCAUUGCUUAUGUUCUGCUCGCCAAUUCGAAAGUUAAUGCGCAACUUCGUCUAUCAGCCCGGCGAAGGAACAAGUAAAGAAGAUCAGGCAAAAGAGUAUAUCCAGUUCCACGGAAUCGCAACGCCAGACGUCCAACCUAGCAUCGGCAAGCAAGCAUGGUGUAAGGCUGAAUAUAGUGGCGGAUUGUAUUAUUUGACUGCGGUGUUUGUUAGCCAAGCUGCCUGCACAAUAUUACAAGACGACCUCGACCUCGUAGGAGGUGUUUAUACCCCUGCAUGUUUAGGCCAGGGAUAUAUCGACCGUUUGAAUAAUGUUGGCUUCAAACUAGAGUCGAAGAUUAUCGACGCAUAGUUUUCUCUUGGCUGCGUUCCGCAUUUGUCCAGAAUAAGCCGAGAGGCGUUAUUUCGGCUUCAUAUGGCCGGCGUUAGGAUUUGGCAUCUAUGAUUGUGGAAGGUCAGAGAAUGACCCGGAACUAAUAUGUUAAACAGGCGGAGGUUAUGCAUAUGAUCGAACUUGUUUUAAGAAGAAGUAAUGGGCUGGAGUUCCAUCUUGAGCCUCUUUUCAAACCGUUUGCAUCUAACGACGGAACUGGCGAUAAUAGGAAAGUGUAUUAUGCAUAAAUGUAUGUAUAAUACCUAUGCUACUACAUGUACAUAGGUACUGUGAUGCACG